UUUCAUUGUUGUUGUUUGGAGACAGAGUCUCGCUUGCUCUGUGGCCCAGGCUGGACUGCGAUGUCACAAUCUCAGCUCACUGCAACCUCCUCCUCCUGAGUUCAAGCAAUUCCCUUGCCUCAGCCUCCCAAGUGCUGGGAUUACAGGUACCUGCCACCACGCCCAGCUAAUUUUGUGUAUUUUUAGUAGAGAUGAGGUUUCACCAUGUUGGCCAGGCUGGUCUAAAACUUCUGACCUCAAGUUAUCCACCCAUUUCGGCCUCCCAAAGUGCUGGAAUUACAGGCAUGAGCCACUGUGCCCAGCCGCAUGCUGUGAGUUUUUAACGAAAUAACUUCACCCAUCCAACUGUCUUGAAAUUCAUUCCUUUGCUGAUGCCCAAGGUUGGACAGAUUUGCACAAAGUGGCUCACAAUUCUACUGUUGAGCAUUUCGUGGAAGUAAUCAGAAACCAGGAGUUUGUGUUGUUACAGCCAGUGAAAUUGCAAAGCUCUAGGCUAGCGAUGACACGAACAUCCCUGAUGAUGAGACAAUUUUGAAUGCACUUCUUACUUGGGCCUGUCAUGAUUUGCUACAGACAAAGAUCGAAGCAAACUUUUGGCUUAUAUUGGGCCACCUCUUCUUGCACCACAGUUCCUGGCAGACAUGGAAAGUAAUGUACUUUUUGGGGAUGAUAUAGAAUGUCAGAAACUAAUUAUGGAAGCAGUGAAACCAUUCAUUACCAGAGAGAAGACCAUGGUAGAAAGUCCCCAGACAAAACCUAGGAAGUCAACUGUUGGUACAUUCUUUGCAGUUGAGAGAAUGGAUUCAACAAAAGGAGCAACAAGCAUUGAAAAGCGUGAUCUCUGUACAAAUGUGUGGACUCCAGUAGCAAAUAUGAAUGGGAGGAGGCUACAGUUCGGGGUUGCAGUGCUAGAUGACAAACCGUAUGUGGUUGGGGGAAGAUAUGGACUGAAGACUUCGAAUACCACAGAGUGCUACAACCCCAAACAUAGUGAUGCCACCUAUGUCCACACAUAGACCUGGCCUUGCUGUGGCUGUACUGGAAGGUCCCGUGUAUACCGCAGGAGGGCAUGAAGGCUGGGGCUAUCUGAAUGCAGUGGAAAUCUGCAAAAAAUCUCCUAAUCACUUAUUAAUAGGACUGACGGGAGGAUAAUAGAUAGCUAUGGUGACUUCAUGUGAGAUUGUUCAGGCCACUCCACAUAGUGCACCGAUUAGUGCACAUUUUGAACUAGACGCUCAUCUUGAUCAAAGAAUAGACAGCUAGGCUUGAUGUGGCUAAUAUAAACAGGAGGCUUAUGUUAAGAUUAAUUAUAGAGAGUGGAGUGUGGGGAGAGGGAUUCUUAUGAGUUCAGUAAUAGUGCUAGAUUUGAAGCAAUAAUGUAUGGGGGGUGUAUUUCUAUACAUUGUCGUACAUUAUACAACAAUGUGUACAGAGUUUUAUUGCAUCUGUGAUUUUUACUGCCGAGUGCCCCCUGACGUCCUGGUGGUGGUGUCCCCACUGCUCCCAAAGCUCCCAGGCUCCUGUGUCUCUUUCUCCCAGUUCCUUCCUAGCCAUACUUCCGGCUCGAUUCGCCUGUGGAUAGACCCAGUCCCUACUUCUAGAAGCCUCCAGGGAUAAUUCUCAUUGCCUCCUGCUCAUUCUACAUCCUGCAAAGCCCCUUUCAUCAGGUUCUGCAAGGAAAGUCAGGCCCUGGGAAUUCCCAUGCAUAAUCCCUUCUCAGACAGGGUGUCUGUGAGGGGGCACCACAGGGCACAGACACCCGUGUCGGGGGAGACAGUAUGGUCCAGGCUGCUCUGCCUUUGCCACGGGCCUCUCCCCAGCCUACUCCUGGGCCUCCUUAGAAUGCUUGCUGCUGUGAGAAUUGCAGGCUCCCUGGCCUUGUAAGAAUUGAAGGUUCCCUGGCCUUAUGACAACACAAAGGGAAACAAGAAGUUCCAGAAUACAGGGCCCUGGCCCAGAUCAGAGAGGGCACAGGGACGGGGCCCUGGCCAGACACAGGCCCAGGUCUGCAGCUGGCCAGUUGUGGCUGUGGUGCCUGGCAUUGUCUCAACAUGGCCCUGGAGCUCUACAUGGACCUGCUGUCAGCACCCUGCCGGGCCGUCUACAUCUUCUCGAAGAAGCAUGACAUCUCGUUCAACUUUCAGUUUGUGGAUCUGCUGAAAGGUCACCAUCACAGCAAAGAAUACAUUGACAUCAACCCCCUCAGGAAGCUGCCCAGCCUCAAAGACGGGAAAUUUGUCUUAACUGAAAGCGUGUCCAUCCUCUCCUAUCUGUGUCGCAAGUACAGUGCACCAUUGCACUGGUACCCGCCAGACCUGCACACACGUGCCCGUGUGGAGGAGUUUAUGGCUUGGCAACACACAGCCUUUCAGCUGCCCAUGAAGAGGAUAGUCUGGCUCAAGUUGCUGAUCCCAAAGAUAACAGGGGAGGAAGUUUCAGCUGAGAAGAUCGAUCACGCAGUGGCGGAGGUGAAGAACAGCCUGAAGCUCUUUGAGGAGUAUUUUCUUCAGGACAAGAUGUUCAUCACUGGGGACCAAAUCUCACUGGCUGACUUGGUGGCCGUGGUGGAGAUAAUGCAGCCCAUGGCAGCCAACUAUAAUGCCUUCCUGAACAGCUCUAAGCUAGCUGAGUGGCGCAAGCGGGUGGAGCUGAGUAUCGGCUCCGGCCUCUUUAUGGAGGCCCACAGUCGACUAAUGCAGUUGGCUGACUGGGACUUUUCAACAUUGGAUCCAGUGGUCAAGGAGAAUAUUUCUGAGUUGCUGAAGAAGAGCAAGUGACCCUAGGUGCAGCCCGUCCUGCAGGGCUUGGCUGGCUCAGCAAUCUGAGCCAUGUUCCUCAGAGGAAAUGCUAAAAAAACAAAACAACAACAACAAAAAAACCUGUUCUUUGCCUAAUAAAGAACUGGAACAACCAUCACAGCUGCUGAGCAACAGACAGUUGGUGUAUGCGUAGGGUCUGAUGUGGGAGUGGGUGGUGGUCACAGAUCCUUCCAGUUUUCCAAAAAAAUUUUAAGAGUAAAGGGUUCAAUAUAGUUGC